AAGGAAAAACAAAAGAAAUAUGAAUCACUUAAAAUUCAUGAAAAAUUUGCUUUAAACUUUGGUAAAUUUAUUCUCUCAUCACAUCAAAGUCAAACAUUUUUUGUCAUUUAUUUUAUUCUCGUUCAUAUUCUUAUCUUUCUUGUAAGCUAAAUUUAUUUGUAAUAUUCGCAUCGUUUUUUUUUGUUAUUAUUAUUUUCAUUCUAGUCUCCUUAUAAAAUGGUUCAUGUUGGUUCAUCUGUACGUGAUAUGUCACAAGUUUGUUUUGAUAAAUUUCGAGAACAUAUGGCAGGUGUACAUGGAGAAAAGAAUUUUCAUUUUGAACAUGGUCAUGCUCAUGCUCAUGCUCCACCUGGUGUUGUUCCAGCUGCAGCACCACCACCUCAUCGAUAG